CAUUCAAUCAGCUGACGAAACACUKCAAACUAUGGAUUCCUUGACCUCUGAAUUAAAGAUUCAAGACUUGAAAGUCUAGACUACGAGUUGGACACUCUUCCCGAACACAGAAAAGUUUUUGUUCGAAACUCGAAUUCAAAUCUCUUUUUUCGAUCGAAUUGUUUUCAAAUCAAACAAAAUCUUAAAAAAGAACUUCAAUCAAAAUCUUCAAAACAAUGAUUUGACGACAAUUUCUUUGAAUUAAAACUCUGUUCUCACGAAAUGUCGUUCUUCUUCCUCCUCUUCCCUCUGCUUCUACUUCUUCUGCAUUCAAUCUUCCGCCGAAUUCGCGUUUUUCAGACGUUUUCUCGAAUCGGGAUUUCGGGUCCGAAACCGAAUCUCUUUUUUGGAAAUUUACGACAUUUGCGUCAAAACCCGAACCCGAAUGACGUCAUCGAUCUCUGGACCCGACAGUUCGGACGUGUAUUUGGUUUCUUCCGUGGUGCACAACCCGUACUCGUGGUCGGCCACUGGCCUCUGGUCCGCCGUCUGUUUGGAUCUUCUCUUUUGCCGAAUCGACCGAAAAACGUGAUAAAAGCCGUUCCUUUUGUAGAUUCGGUAAUCUUUGUUCGAAACCAGAGUUGGCGUCGAAUCCGUUCAGUCAUUGUCUUUGCGCUAAAAAGACUUGAAAUUUCGGGACUUUUGAGACAAACAGUUCGGCAAACAGUCGAAGAACGUGUCCUCCAAUUGGUCGGCGACGGAGGCGUUUGUGACGUCACUCUAUUGACGCAAGAGAUUGCUUUUGACGUCAUUUGCAAAGCGGGUCUUCACUGGACUCCCGAUUCCAAGGACGACAUUCGGCGCAGUCUCGACGCGUACCUCGAAAUGGCCGUUAAUAUCAUCGUCGAUGUGGUCACGUGUUUCCCUCCUUUGCGACCGAUUCUCGCUUUUCUCAAUAACCACGUGACCGCCGGUCGCGUCACUGAUCGCGUCAUGCGUCACGUGCAGCGGCUUUUGGACGCUCCCGAAGCGGAAGAUGAAUGUGUGUCUGUUUUACACGAUUUCCGUCGUGCAAUGGCCACUGGACAGAUGACUCGCGCCGAAGCGGUUGCAAACUGUCACGUGUUAUUGAUUGCCGGAUACGAAACGACUUCAACUGCUCUUUCCUUUUCUCUCUUUCUUUUGGCUCAAAAUCCUCAAAUCCAAGAACAACUUCGCCGUCAAAUCAACUCUUCUUCUUCAUCUGAACUGCUGAACGCCGUUUGGAUGGAAUCGUUGCGUCUCUUUCCUCCCGUGACUUCAUUUAUCACACGAAUCGUUGAACGCGAUGUUUCUGUGGAUAAUCUCCGAAUUCCCGCCCAAACUGUGGUUCAACUUCCGCUUUUCCAACUCCAUAGAGAUGCCGAUCUCUGGCCAAAUCCUGACCGUUUCGAUCCAAACCGAUUUAUUACUACAGUUUCGCCCCAUUUUCUGGCCUUCGGUUUGGGACCACGUGAUUGUCCCGGAAGACAAUUCGCGCGAAUUCUCGCUUUAGAAGUGAUUUCGAAAAUUGUUGGAAAUUUUCAAAUUUCCGUUUGUUUUCAAACUUCGAAAUUGCGUUUUCGAAGUCCGACAGAAGUCGUCAUAAAAGCGCGCGAAAACAUUAAAUUGAAUUUCACGCGAAUUUCGCUUUAAAUCCAAUUGUUUUUCAACAAAAAACUCGAGAUUUUUUUGAUAAUUGUUUUCGUGACAAAUGUUUCGAAAUAAAGAUUGUUUUGAAAUUUGGGUUUUUUUGUCGUAUUUUUAAUCAAUUUUUUAAAAAUCC